AUGGUUUCAUUCUUGCAACACUUUAUUAAGAUUCUACUUACACUGAGUGUUGUUGGUGUGGCUUGGGGUCGCGCUGCUAAUUCGAAAACGGCGCGUGCGCCACUGGAAGAGAACAGCAAACAAUUAUUUGUCUUUGGUAGCGGUAAAGAGACGAGUCCGCCAGACUUUGUGCGCUUGGUUGUGAUGCGUCUCAUUUACGGACUGGCGUCAACUAUGGGGCUGGAAGACCGGCUAGAGGAUGCAUUCAAUGGCGCCUUUGUGCCGCCGAAUGCUGAUGAGGGCCUUUUCAAUUUCGGUGGCUCCGAUUAUGAUGAUGGAGAUGAUGGCGCGCUGGGUGCGCUCUUUGAUGAUAUCUAG